GACUAUUGUAACACUAGCUACAGAUAGAUAAUGUUGGCACGUCUCGCUUCCACCACGCGCGUGUUGGGCCCUGUGCGCACGCGUUCGACCGUCGUCCGCGCGAUGGCUUCCGCGGCUCCCGCCCCCAAGUACUACCUGCUCGAGUACAAGUACGUGCCCGACAUUCUGGAGAAGCGCACGCCGUACCGCGCGGCGCACAUCGAGGGCGCAAAGAAGCAGGCCGAGGCUGGCAAGAUGGUGAUGGCCGGCGCGUUCGGCGAGACGCCCGAGGGGGCUCUGUUCGUGUUCCGCGACACGACCCCCGAGGACAUUGAGAAGUUCGUCAAGGCGGACCCGUACGUGCAGAACGGUCUGGUGCCGACCUGGCACAUCAAGCCGUACGCGGUGGUGGUGGGCCCGCUGCCCUGAACGUGCCUUUAGUGCCUGGACCUGGCGUUGGCAUGGGCAUGGGCAUGGGGGCAGCGGCGGCGCGGCGAGGGGCGGAGCGGCCGUGAGGAGGCGCGGCACUGGGGCGGAGCGGAGCGGGGCCGUUGUCGUGGGGCCGCGUGCACACAGCGACUGUUUCAGGGGCACGCGGGUCGCGGGCCGCGGGCUCCGCAAAGCACGGGUGCCAACAGGACAGACCGCUUGCAUGAGGGGCUAGGGCUGCCUGUUAGGCUGGAGUGGCGCGCCAUUUGCGUAUGUUGGUGCAACAGACGCGUUGCGCCGAGCCGAAACAAUGGUGUGUUGGCCUGAACGGGUGGUUUUGGCGCUCAGGAGCAACCCCCGGGUGGGGGCCCGUAGCAGCCCGCCGUGUGUGUGCACGUGACCACCGCCACUCGCUGGUGACCACCUAGGCCCGGUAGCGGGCAAGAGGAACUUGUGUUGCUAGGAAAUGGCUCAGGCAAAACGAAUGUUUCGUGCUUGGACGUGUUAAUCCCACGCACGUGAGGGGUUGCGUUGGUAUCCUCCUCCGUUGCUUGUAACCUUGGUCAUCCUCCAGGGAUGCCCUAUCG